AUGGAAAUAACCGUCCCAACGGUAACAAUGAUAACAUCAACAAUGAUGACAUUAACGGUGAUGGUAUACACAAACAGAGUAGGUGCAGUUAAUGAGGUAAAGCUCUGCAAUAACGCCCUAGGAAUGGAAUCCGGGUUAGUUGCAGACGAUCAGUUGACGGCCAGUUCGUCCUUUGAUGAUUUCAUCGUCGGGCCACAAAAUGCGAGAAUAAGAAGCGAGAGGCAGGGUGGGGCAUGGUGCCCCAAGGAACCAAUCAGCCAACAUUCCUAUGAAUGGCUGCAGGUGGACCUCAGGUUGGUGCACGUGAUCACAUCCAUCGAACUUCAAGGAAGAUUCGCUGCUGGCCAGGGCAAAGAAUACGCAGAAUGGAUAAACAUACAAUUCAGACGACACAACAAUUCAAACUGGAUUGCUUACCCUCACAGGAAGUUCUUACGUCACAUGAUUGCCUCUCAGAUCAGAAUCGUGCCAGUCAGCAAACUCUCCAGAACUGUCUGUCUGCGUUUCGAAGUCUAUGGAUGUAUAUGGCGCAAUGGUAGUAGCGAUUGUGUUGAACAAUUUUUUUGA